CCGGUGACACGCAUCGUCUCUCGGUCAGAUCAUCGAGAAAGACUCAGCGAACGAUUAGUUCUACGCCUGCACACUGGACCAGCCUGGAUGACACGCUCUCCGGACUGGAAAGCAGCACUGUUCACCGCCUACGCCUCGCCUCCCCUUUCACGCCUGCCUGGCUCUUACUCGGGAUUCAUUCCAGCCAGAGAUCGCCGCACUGCCGCAGGAAGGACGGCGAGGUGAGGUGUGAUCGAAAUAUUAUCAGAUCGAACCCCAUCAGAUAGACUCCGCACCCCCCAUCCACCACACCUGGGAACUCGUGCGCCCGUCGUUCAACCACACCACGCCACGCCACGACCGGGACACCCCAUGCGGCGGUAACGGUACCAAAGCAGUGCAACCGCUGAAGUAACAAUGGCAACUUCGCACGGAGAAAGUCCAGCUCCUCCCUCAAGACCCAAACCACUGUCACCGACCAUGUCUGUCCUUGGACUUCAGCGAGAGCAUUCCCAGCAGGAGGUCGAAGCCGCUCGUCAGCUGCUCGAGCACUCCCAGGCCAGCGCAUCGCAUGCUCCCGUGCGAGAUCCUGCCCCGAGUACUUCGAGCAGUCACGCACAGCCCUCUCCAUCAAGUGCACCUGUAUAUCGCGAUACCUACACCAUUGCGCGGCAUGCUCAGAGCUCCCCUCAACCCUCCACCGUCACGCCAACGCUCAAUCCCGAGCGGCCCUCACCGCCAAGCAGCAGUGCGCCAGGGGCUCAAAUGUGCAGCAAUUGUGGAACAACCAAGACACCGCUCUGGAGAAGAUCCCCCGCAGGUGCUGUCAUCUGCAAUGCAUGCGGUCUCUACUACAAAGCCCGCAACCAAAUGCGACCUGUUGGCCUGAAGCGAGGCUCUGUGGCUUCAUCUCAGGAAGGAGGCCAAUCCCACGACAGACAAACCUCACCCUCAACAUCUUCCAUCCACGGCGGUGCCACUUAUGUCUCUGCCGAUCAAAGCGUGAACGGCACAUGUCCUGGUGGCGGACGCUGCAACGGCACCGGCGGCCAAGAAGCAUGCAACGGCUGUCCAGCCUACAACAACCGAAUCGCAAAAACCGCCCAAGUCGCUCUCCGCUCAGAACCCAACGAAUCCGCAUACCUGCGAACAGUAGUACAUCAACCCACCCCUCAAACCCCGCAACCACAAAACGUCGUCGUCGCCUGCCAAAACUGCGGAACCACCAUCACACCCCUGUGGCGACGAGACGAGCAAGGCCAUACCAUCUGCAACGCCUGCGGCCUCUACCACAAACUCCACGGCUCCCACCGCCCCGUACAAAUGAAAAAAGCCGAAAUCAAACGCCGCAAACGCGUCGUCCCCGCCCAUCAAUCUGCCAUCAAUCAAACAGACCCCACCUACAACGACGCCAUGAGCGACCACUCCGGACCCUCCGAUCACCGCGCCACUCCCGAUCGGCCCGGAGCUCCUAUCCCGGUCGACUUCACCGAAGCGUUCCGGCAUCGCGAUGACGUGGGAGAUGGCAAGAAACGCACCUUCUCCGAAGCAGAGGGACCUUAUUAUCCUCAUCCUCAGAAUUCGGGGACCGAGAAUGUUUUGGAUCAUCCUGGGCUGCCGAGUAAGGAGGAUCGGAAGGCGGAGUUGAGGCGGAAGGCGGAGAUGAUGAGGCGCGCCCUGGAGGAGAAUGAGAGGGAGUUGGCGGAGUUGGAUGAUGAAUGAGAGCUGCUGGAUGAUGCAAGGAAUUGUAUACUGUCCUGUGGCCUGAUUAUUGCGUGCGAGUAUGUGCGUGUGCGUGGAAAUGGAAUGAAGUAUGAUUGACGCGAUACGAUUUUGAACUUUUUCUUUUUACAAAACUUUCGGGAGAGGAGGAGAAAGAAGCAUGAAGAAGGAAGGAAGGAAGGAAUGGGUGGAGGGUGGAUGUGUUACUUUUUUUUUGUUUCGAUUGUUGAUGAUUGAUGGCUGAAGCGAAUGUUUCACGCUUCUGUGGCUAUAUGUAUGCUCUGUGGGAGAGGCGAGCUUAGCUCAGCUCAGCUCAAGUUUUCGCGUCGUGGGUAUGAAGAGAAGACGCGAUGCUGUCUCUCGUCUCGUCUUUUUCUAUCUUUCUCUCUGCUUUUCAUCCAUGCUUCUGAAACGAGAAGCCUCUGCUUGCUUUCGAUGUAUGCCCCAAGACCUGCAGCAGGUUCUUUCUUUCGCCAUUUGAUGCAGCCGCUGCUCACGUACGUUUCUGCUUUCUUCUCGCCGAACUCCUCUCUCUCUCCGUACAACUUGUAUCCAUCCAUCUCUCUCCCUCCUCUUCAAAACCAAAUCUUAAUCAACUCCUCACUCACCGCACUCGGCAACAAAACCCCAGACUCGGUAAUAAUCCCACUGAUCAAAUCCGGCGGCGUAUAAUCCACCGCCUCCUCGAUCCUCCAUUCCCCACCCCGCCCUCUCGACAACUCCAUAUCCUCCACCCCCUCAUCCUCCCUCGACCCCUUCCCCUCCUCCCCCCUCGCAGUAGUACUCGAAGAAGUCCGAAACUCCACCACCCCCUGCCCAAUCCCCAAAUCCCUCUGUCCCAACGGAAACACCCUCACAAACUUAUGACUCUCACUCACCACAUAAAACGGUUUUUUCCCCGCUUUCGCCAAAAUCCCCAUCUGAUACGUUCCCAAUCUGGAAAUGACGCCC